AUGCAAGACAGCCACGUCCGUGGCAACCUCUCCUUCUCGAACCUCAAGGACAACCAUGGCCGUCCCAUUGCAUCGACCAAUGAACGUGAUGGCUCGCCCGCCAAAGCUGUCAAGUUUACUUUUGCUUCGUGUGCUGCGCCGAAAGGCGGUGACGAUUACAUGGGAUAUGGCAACGGACGACCGUCGAAUGGCGGGGCUUUUGGCCAGAUCAAGCUCGCCAGUGACGAGUCCCAAUGCUUGACGGCCACCGGCCUGCACGGCAAGGACAUGCACUUUGUUCUGGACAAGUGUGUCAAGGAAGACUCGAAAGGACUUUUGUACCAAUUUUUUGCGUAUCCGAUCAACGGCAUUUCGCUUGGAUUCGUCGGCCACACAAAGAGCCAGAAAGGAGGAAAUUACCACCAGUACAUUGCCAGUGUGAAGGGAGCACCGCUCCAGUUUGAUUACAUCGGUCAGUCCGAGCCCCCUGAAAAGGGGUCGGCCUUUAUCAACUGGCUCCCGUGGGGUUAUGAUGAUCAAGAUGCAUGA